AUGAGUGGAGGGAAAAGUGACGUGUCCGUCGGUGUAAAUAUUGCUGUGAAAUCACAGUAACUGUUAAAUUUACAGUUUAAUUUUUAGUGCCGCGCAAAGUAACAGGGUUAUAUCCUUAAACCGUGUGCCUUUUCGGUGGUUUUCCGUGAGUGUUUUAUCUUCGAAAACGGACGGAUGAGCGGGGAAGAAUCUAGGAGAGGUUCAUGGAGGGGUGGAAGUGGAGGAUGGAGAGGAGGGGGAGGAGGAUGGAGAGGAGGGGGAGGGGGAUGGAGAGGAGGAGGUGCAUGGAGAGAUAGAGGAGGUGCAGGGGGAUGGAGAGGUGGAUCGUGGAGAGGAGGAUCUGCAGGACCAGCCUCAAGAGGAGGAGGAAGAGGGAAAGGUGGCUCAGGGAACCAUACCAUGAAUUCUCAGAGAGUUCUUUGUCAGUCCACUUUAGACAUAUUAUGUCCCUACAAAGGAUGGGCACUCUACUUCACAGAAGGAUUCAUAGAGAGCUCACCCUCUGUGGAGAAAAUCAAGGUCUUUGAGAAAUAUUUCUCUUCCAAGAUUCACCUUUAUGACAAGGAUGAGAUUGAGCGUCAAGGCAGUGUGCUGGUGGAUUACACUGACCUGACAGGAGACAAGGUGGUGCAGGAAGCGCUUCCAGAACUAAACACUGACCUGAGGGAACAGCCAGAGUUGAUCUUCAACUGUUUGGGAGUGGCUAUUCACCAGGUCUUGACUACAGAUUUGGAGAAGCAGGCGGCAGAGCUUCAAGGGGAGGAGCUUCCUGUAGCCACACCAAUCAUCAAUAUCCCUCACAUCAGUGCAAGGCUGUAUAAUUAUGAACCUCUGACUCCACUGAGGAUGUUGCGUGCCAGUGUGUUUGGUCGGCUGGUGUGUGUGAGGGGCACCGUCGUCAGAGUGAGCAACAUCAGACCUCAGUGUACUCGGAUGGCCUUCAGGUGUCUGGGCUGCUCUCACAUUCAGUCUUUGCCUCUGCAGCAUGGGAAAUACGCCACUCCCCCAAAGUGUCUCCAGCCAGAGUGUCGCAGCCAUUCUUUUGACCCCUGCCGGAGUUCACCUCUAACACAGACUGUUGACUGGCAGAUCAUUAAGGUCCAGGAGUUGAUCGGCGGAGAACAGAGGGAGGCUGGACGAAUCCCUCGCACUGUGGAGUGUCACCUGACCUCUGACCUCUGUGACAGCUGCGUCCCUGGAGACACUGUCACUGUGACAGGGAUAGUUCGAGUGACCAAGGAUGGAACUCACAAGGGGAAUAAGGACCAGUGUAUGUUCCUCCUGUACAUUGAAGCCACUUCAGUCAGUAACACCAAAGGUCAGCAGUCAAAGGCUGAAGGUCAAGGGUCAGUGAGAUGUUUUGAGGAUCGUUCAGGGGGGGAGGAGUUCAGUCUGAAGGAGCUGUAUGCGAUCCAGGAGAUCCAGUCACAGCCGGACCUGCUCAGACUCCUAGUGCACUCUUUAUGCCCUGCCAUCUAUGGCCAUCUGCUGGUGAAAGCUGCUCUAGUCUUGGCGUUGUUUGGAGGCCGACAGAAAAACAUAGAUAAGAACAGCGUCCCAGUCAGAGGAGACCCUCACAUCCUGAUGGUGGGAGACCCUGGACUGGGAAAGAGUCAGAUGUUACAGGCAGUGUGUAAUGUGGCCCCCAGAGGAAUUUACGUAUGUGGGAACAGCACCAGCACCACAGGGCUAACAGUGACGUUAUCCCGGGACUCAGGCACAGGGGACUACGCUCUGGAGGCUGGUGCCUUGGUAUUGGCAGACCAAGGUCUGUGCUGCAUUGAUGAGUUUGAUAAGUUGGGGAACCAGCAGCAGGCUCUGUUAGAAGCCAUGGAGCAGCAGUCUGUGAGUCUGGCCAAAGCUGGAAUAGUUUCCUCUCUGCCUGCUCGAACCUCAGUCAUAGCUGCUGCCAAUCCCAUCGGGGGACAUUACAACAGAGGCAAGACCGUCUCUGAAAACCUCAAAAUGGGUUCUGCUCUACUUUCUCGCUUUGAUGUUGUCUUCCUCCUCCUGGACAUCCCUGAUGAGUCACAUGACCGCCACCUGUCCGAGUAUGUCAUGGCAAACAGAGCAGGGAAAUGCACAGCUACUAGUGCCAUAGUUACCAGAACCAACAGUGCAUUAGAAACCUCCGUCCUGCUGGAACACUCGGACAUGCCUCUGUCUGAACGUCUGCAGGUUCCUGCAGGGGAAAUUGUAGACCCCAUUCCAGCAUGCUUAUUACGGAAGUACAUCAGCUACGCUCGUCAGUACGUUCAUCCAUCAUUGUCUCCUGAAGCAGCUCAAACCCUUCAGGCCUUCUACCUGUCACUGAGAUCCCAAGCUCAGUCUGCAGAUGCCACACCUAUCACCACACGACAACUGGAGUCUUUAAUUAGACUCACUGAGGCAAGAGCCAGACUGGACCUGAGAGAAACAGCCUCCAAGAGUGAUGCUGAGGAUGUAAUUGAAAUAAUGAAAUACAGUCUGGUCGAUACAUACUCAGAUGGUCUGGGCAAUCUGGACUUUGAGCGCUCUCAGCUUGGCUCAGGCAUGAGUCAACGUAGCGCUGGAAAGCGACUGAUCAACGCCCUGCACACACAUGCUCAGAGGACCAGUCAGAAGCAGUUUGACAUUCAUGCAAUGCGUUCUGUGGCUGAAAAACUGAACAUAAAGGUUAUGGACUUUGAAGGUCUGGUGUGUUCCCUAAAUGAACAAGGUUUCCUGCUGAAAAAAGGACCCAAAUUGUACCAGCUGCAGACCGUCUAAGAACAUACGAGCACCAUUCAGCUUGGUGUGUGCACUGUCUGUACAUGGAAAAAGAAGAGCAUUUAAAAGUGAAAGUACUUUCAAUUGCACCAAACCACCAACCAACAGACAUCUGUGCAUCCUUUUAAGCAAGUAAUGAACUGUAACACAACAGCUGCCACACUGUAUUUUCAAACUACUGAAACCACAUUCUGCACAUCCUCACAGUAACCAAUGCCACAUGAACGAACCAUACACUUCCUAC